UUCUCGCAUCUUUUCUUUUGCUUUGUCCAAAUAAGGAGCGACAAAGAAACGCUAGAGAAGAUAUGCAGCCUGGGAACAGCACAUCCAGACCUAGACGAAAUGAAAUAGAAAGAGGUCGAAGAAUACAAAUGAAAAACCACUUUUCAAGGCUUGCCUCUCUCCUACCUACCCAAGAGAGGUUGGCGUUACCUGCUUUAUUGGAUCAAUCCAUAUCUAAUAUAAAUCAACUGAAAGAAAAAAUUGAAGAACUGAAGAAAAGGAGGGAACAACUCCAAGGUGAUGGAGAUGCCAUUGAAGACCAGAGGGAUGGCUUGAUUUCACCAUUACUUGCUAUUAGAGAAGUGGGUUCAGCUUUGGAGAUAAAUUUGAUAACUGGGGUGAAUCAGAGGUGCAUGUUGAAUGAAAUUUUCAGAGUUCUUCAGGAGGAAGGUGCUGAAGUUGUCAGUGCCAGCUGCUCAACUGUGGGUUCAAGGAGAUUCUAUUCUGUUUAUUCACAGGCUUUGUGUUCAAGAAUUGGCGUAGAGACUUCAAGAAUAAGUGAAAGAUUGCAGAUGUGGGUGCAUCCUGUUGCUUAGCAAUUACUUGAUUGAAACUGAGAUGGGCAAAAGCCGAUCAAAAAUGGUAGGAUGACUCCAUCAAUUUGACCGGCUGGUUGGGAAAACACAACAAAUAAAUACUCAGUUCUGUGAAUGCAGACUAUGCAGUGUAUAUUUUCCUAUUUUUUCCUUUUUAGUGUGUAUGCGUUUAAUUUGGUGUUUUUCUACUGUAUUUUUAUCCGUUGUGGAUAAAGCUAGAAGACAUGCAGUAGAAACAAUAAGUUUGCUCUAUUACGAUUUAAGUGACUCGAGUUGCACUCGCAAAAUUAGUUUCUUGCAUAUGCGGGAAUGGGGAAUGCAAUUCGGAU